UAAAACUAAAUGAAAGCCCUAGAUACUAAGGAAAUAAGAUAUUCUAUUAAUUGAUUCUUUUUUCCCUCUACAGGUGUGUAUCACUGUGCUCAGCUAACCUUUUAAGAUGAAUUGGGGAGCAUUCCUUCUUUUUUGAAACAGGAGUUGUGGCUGAUGAGAAUUAAAGGCCAUGGAUGAAGAUGGACUUGAAUUACAACCACAGGCGCCAAACUCAUUUUUUGAUGCAACAGGAGCUGGUGCUACACACAUGGAUGGUGAUCAGAUUGUUGUGGAAGUACAAGAAACGGUUUUUGUGUCCGAUGUUGUGGAUUCAGACAUAACCGUGCAUAACUUUGUUCCUGACGACCCAGACUCAGUUGUGAUUCAAGAUGUUAUUGAGGACGUUGUUAUAGAAGAUGUCCAGUGUCCAGAUAUCAUGGACGAAGCAGAUGUAUCCGAAACAGUCAUCAUCCCAGAGCAAGUGCUGGACUCAGAUGUAACUGAAGAGGUUUCUUUAACACACUGCACAGUUCCAGAUGAUGUCUUAGCUUCUGAAAUUACUUCAGCCUCAAUAGCUAUGCCUGAACAUGUCUUGACAAGUGAAUCUAUACAUGUGUCUGACGUUGCUCACGUUGAACAUGUGGUUCAUGAUGGUGUAGUGGAAGCAGAAAUCGUCACUGAUCCUCUGGCCGCCGAUGUUGUUUCAGAAGAAGUGUUGGUAGCAGACUGUGCCUCUGAAGCAGUCAUAGAUGCCAAUGGGAUCCCCGUGGGCCAGCAAGAUGAUGACAAAAACAACUGUGAGGACUACCUUAUGAUUUCCUUGGAUGAUGCUGGCAAAAUAGAACAUGAUGGUUCAUCUGGACUGACCAUGGACACGGAACCUGAAAUUGAUCCUUGUAAAGUGGAUGGCACUUGCCCUGAAGUCAUCAAGGUGUACAUUUUUAAAGCUGAUCCUGGAGAAGAUGACUUAGGUGGAACUGUAGACAUUGUGGAAAGUGAGCCUGAGAAUGAUCAUGGAGUUGAACUACUUGAUCCAAACAAUAGUAUUCGUGUUCCCAGGGAAAAGAUGGUUUAUAUGGCUGUUAAUGACUCUCAGCAAGAAGAUGAAGAUAUAAAUGUUGCUGAAAUUGCCGACGAAGUUUAUAUGGAAGUGAUUGUUGGGGAGGAUGAUGCUGCAGCCGCAGCCGCAGUGCAUGAACAACAAAUAGAAGACAAUGAAAUGAAAACCUUCAUGCCAAUUGCAUGGGCAGCUGCUUAUGGUAAUAAUUCUGAUGGAAUUGAAAACCGGAAUGGCACUGCAAGUGCCCUCUUGCACAUAGAUGAGUCUGCUGGCCUCGGCAGACUGGCUAAACAAAAACCAAAGAAAAGGAGAAGACCUGAUUCCAGGCAGUACCAAACAGCAAUAAUUAUCGGCCCAGAUGGACAUCCCCUGACUGUCUACCCUUGCAUGAUUUGUGGAAAGAAGUUUAAAUCGAGAGGUUUCUUGAAAAGGCACAUGAAAAACCACCCUGAACACCUUGCCAAGAAGAAGUACCGCUGUACUGACUGUGACUACACUACCAACAAGAAGAUAAGUUUACAUAAUCACCUGGAGAGCCACAAGCUGACCAGCAAGACAGAGAAGGCCAUAGAAUGUGAUGAGUGUGGAAAGCAUUUCUCUCACGCUGGGGCUUUGUUUACUCAUAAAAUGGUGCAUAAAGAAAAAGGAGCCAACAAAAUGCACAAGUGUAAAUUCUGUGAAUACGAAACAGCUGAACAAGGCUUAUUGAAUCGCCACCUUUUGGCAGUCCACAGCAAGAACUUUCCUCACAUUUGUGUAGAGUGUGGCAAAGGUUUCCGCCACCCAUCAGAGCUCAAAAAGCACAUGCGAAUCCAUACUGGGGAGAAGCCCUAUGAAUGCCAGUACUGCGAAUACAGGUCUGCAGACUCCUCUAACUUGAAAACACAUGUAAAGACUAAGCAUAGUAAAGAGAUGCCGUUCAAGUGUGACGUUUGUCUUCUGACUUUCUCAGAUACCAAAGAGGUGCAACAACAUGCUCUUAUCCAUCAAGAGAGCAAAACACACCAGUGUUUGCAUUGCGACCACAAGAGUUCGAACUCAAGUGAUUUGAAGCGACACAUAAUUUCAGUUCACACAAAGGACUAUCCUCAUAAGUGUGACAUGUGUGAUAAAGGCUUUCACAGGCCAUCAGAACUCAAGAAACAUGUGGCUGCCCACAAGGGUAAAAAAAUGCACCAGUGUAGACAUUGUGACUUUAAGAUUGCAGAUCCAUUUGUACUAAGUCGCCAUAUUCUCUCGGUUCAUACAAAGGACCUUCCAUUUAGGUGUAAGAGAUGUAGAAAGGGAUUUCGGCAACAGAGUGAGCUUAAAAAGCAUAUGAAGACGCACAGUGGCCGGAAAGUGUAUCAGUGUGAGUACUGUGAAUAUAGCACUACAGAUGCCUCAGGCUUUAAGCGGCACGUUAUCUCCAUUCAUACGAAAGACUAUCCUCACCGCUGUGAGUACUGCAAGAAAGGAUUUCGAAGACCCUCGGAAAAGAACCAGCACAUAAUGCGACAUCAUAAAGAAGUUGGCCUGCCCUAACAGUAAUCUUCACAGAUGCUUGUAGAGAAACUGGCCUGGAAACAGAAAAUUCAUUGAAAAGCCAAUCAGUCUUGUUCACAUACAAUACUGUAUAUUGAUUUAUGCUGUGUACAAAUAGAAUUACUGCUUCUAGUUGACUUUUUUUUUUUUUUUUUACAUUUUGUUCAGUAGUGUGUUCUGAAUUCCAUUCAGUUUGUUUAAUACAUGGGAAAAAGCAGCAACAAGUUAGUUGCUUUUACUAAAGUACUCCCUGAUUCUAUACUGAAGUUUUCUAUCUUAGAAGUUUUAUAUUUAUUUUAAAAUAUUUACCUUGCUUACCUUGAUGGUACUCUUCUAAGACCAUUUAACUCACGGUAACUUUGCAUUGGUAACUGAAAGUAUUCAUGUUGACUUAUUUUUUUUUUCUCACAAAUUUCUCACAAUAAAAUUGUCAGAGACAUUGGAGCAGGAGGUUUUUUACGGUGAGGUCUCAUGAUCAUAACAUGGAAGUUGUUUACUUGUCUUGCUUAGUAUUUGCAGGCCAUAUGACUAUGAAAGUUUCCAUAUGAACUUUCGUGUCCCUGGCAUUGCUGAGUAAAAGAACAGUGGCUGGGUUUGUGUUUACUUUUCUUUUUUUUUUUCUCCUUUUUAGUGGACAAAAUAUACUUUUUUCUUUAGAUUAUUUACCUCUUUUGUCAGUGUAGCAAACUUUUAGAAAACCUUGUUGGGAAUUUUUGCUUGAUCCUUGUUGUAUUUUGAUUAUUCUGUCUGUGCUGCUUUGUCUUGGAAUGGUUGUGUGCUACAAAUGAAAUUUAAUUGAGGACUGCAUUUUGGAAUCUCCUAGGGGUAACUUGUGGCUCAUAGGAUCUUUUGCAACUUUAUAUAUGUAAAUGUACCCUGAAUUAUAUAUAUCUAUCUAUAUAUACACAUAUAUAUGUAACAUGUAUCUGUGUGUAUUGCUUAUUUUACAUACUUAUACACACAACCCCCAGUAGUAGUUGCUUAAAAUCUAUAAUGAAAAGUAUUAAAUUUACAGUAACGUGAAAGAUCCAGGGAUGCAAGAGAGAGCAUUUUGUAAGUCUUGCUCUUCAGAGAGACUACUCAGGUGAAGAAUUAGAAGGAAAAUAAGGACACUAGUAUUUUUAAAGAGUAAAGGUAUUUUCUUUUAAAUAUCUUUGGUAAUUGAAAAAUAAUUGAAAAAAUAGAAGUUAAGAUGUUUAUAGCUACAAUGUUUUCAUACAGUUUCAACUCCAUGCCUUUAUAUUUUUCUGAAAAGCUAAUGGGUAUCCAGACAGGAAUCCCUUAGUUCUCUCUGAGAAGCUGGAGAGAGAGCUCUUGUCUGAUUAAGCGAGAGGGACAGAAAGGGAGCGAUGGCUCCAUGGACCAGAGAACGGGUGCUAAUAAGGACUUAGACUUGGCAAAUUGAGCCUGCUCUCUUAGUUCUUAGUUAACCUGAAAAACUUAACACUCAGUUGUCUUGGAUUGCUUGAUAGAGACGUGGUCCAAGUGUGUGACCAGGCCGAGGCCUCACUUGGAUCCUUACCAAGUCUUUCUUUCACAGUUUUGUUUUUGAGAGCUGGCGGUUUGUAACAUCGGUUUGUAACAUACAGGUCUGAUCACUGAGGACAUUUGUAAAAAGAAGUUGGAUACUAAGAUUUUGUUAAGAUGUCUUUUGGAAAACAGUUUCUAGAGUCCCUGGAAUUGGCCGUUGGCACACGGGUCUGGCACAUCGUGGGGAGACCUAGAAGUUUUCUUCCCACUCGAUAGCUGCCUUGCCGCCUCAUUAUGGUGCUCCAUCCCUUUCGUGCCGUUAGGUUUUUACCUUUCAUCUUUCUCUUAGUCAUCAAUAUUUGUAUUCAAAGUUCUAUUUUUGGGGUUAGAUGUCUUGACUAUUUGGUGUUUGGCAAACCUCUGAAGUGCUAGAUUGAUUUAGUCUAGUUCUAAAUCAAGUUCUUAAGGCUGGUAGGAACUCCAUCCUCAAUGCCAGUCAAAGCCAAGGCAUAGAUUCCCUAGCCUUUCCAUCCAAUAGGGAAUUCUUUUGCCUUUGUAGCCUCCGCAACGUGCUUUAAAAAAUGCAUCACAACUAUGAUUUGAUUUAUUGCCCUGUUAUUCUUGAAAGCUCUGUCUUUUUUUGUGAGAACUUUUAAAAUCUACUUUAUUAUUUUCCCCAGAAGUAAUGUAAAACACCUAACAUUGAAAUUUAUAAAAUUUAAAAAUAAUCUACAAUCAGUACAGAAAAUACAAAUGAUUGGAUCAUUUAACAUAUUUUUUUAAUAAACUGAAAGAUAAGGAACACAACACUUUACACUUUACACACUUUAUAUUUCUCUUUACAUAAUCUGGAACCAUACACAGUUCUUUUCUUUUUAAAGCACAAUAUUGAAGCCUUUAAAAGGUAUUUAAGGGUUUGGUCAAGUGAAUAUAAAAUGUGUUUGUCUGUAUAAAGAGAAAAUGAAGUAGUCACUGAUAUGUACUGACAUUAGUUACAACCUAGUUUUAAUUCUUAAAACAAUUUUGAUUAGCAAAGCUAAAAAAACAAAAAAAGGAUGUUUCAGUUAAAUGUUUUAAAGAGGUACAGAUUUUUACAAGGACAUAAUAUAAGUUAUUGUUCUGUAGAAAUAUCCUAUUAAAUAUUGUAUGUCCCUCCCUCUGUAUACUUUGUAAAAAAAGUAAAAUACAUAAAAAGAAAAUCAUAUAGGGGAUGUGUGACAUUAUUGUAAUUGUGUACUUGAGAAUAACGUGCAAAAAUAAAAAUCAGAAUAUUUUCCUGUUAACGAAUGUUCAGUCUAUUUGAUACCAGUACUAAGUUAAUGCUUUUUCUUAAGAAAGAAAAUGUACAGUUUUUGUAAACCUAAUAAACAUCAAAAGCAGUGGAUUAUUUUCA